GCAAUUGCGUUGUGGCGGCGCAGCGCGAGCACGCUGUUUCUCUAAGUGCACGCUCUUCUCUGCGGCUUGUCAUCUAUUGGGUUACACUUCACUUGUGUCUGUUUGUGUCAAGCGACUGUCGUUUCUCGCUCAUUUGUGGCAACGCAACGUUGUGGUUGUGCAUCUCCGGGAAGGGCACCUCUUCGAAGUGCGGUGCGCGUUCGCAGUGUCUGUGUGUCGUACGGGAGAAAACUGGGCCAUGGGCAAGCGAAACAGCAAACUGAAACAAGAGAGGGUGUCAAAGCUGGUAAAUGAGACGUAUUUUUCUGAAAAAGAAGUCAAACAAUGGUACAAAGGGUUCUUGAAAGACUGUCCAAAUGGUCAACUUACGGAACAGGGUUUCUUGAGGAUAUACAAGCAGUUCUUCCCGCAAGGAGAUCCUUCCAAGUUUGCAUCGUUGGUAUUUCGAGUCUUUGACGAAAAUAAGGAUGGUUCGAUAGAAUUCGAAGAGUUCAUCCGAGCAUUGUCGGUGACCUCGAGAGGAAGCCUAGAUGAAAAGCUUGUCUGGGCUUUCAAGCUAUACGACGUAGACAACGACGGAUUCAUCGCUAGAGACGAAAUGUAUAACAUAGUGGACGCCAUCUAUCAAAUGCUAGGUAGCCAGACGAAUGAUUCCGACCAAGAAGAAUCCCCUCAACAAAGGGUUGACAAGAUCUUCGACCAGUUGGACAAGAACCAUGACAACCGGCUGACAUUGGAAGAGUUCCGCGAGGGUUCCAAACAAGACCCCAAGAUAGUGCAAGCGCUGUCUCUUUACGCUCCUUGACACAACCUCACAGCCAGUCAGUCAAUGUUGGUCCAGCCCCCCACGUUCGAGUUAAACUACUCCCAUAUUCCUCCCAUCUACUAAAGAAGGCCCCGUAUCAUCUGCCCUCCCCUUGCUCUUCAAGCGUGAUUCAAGCGAUGCAAUCUAUACACAUCAUGCCUACUUUCCCCUAUUUCCUAUUCCUUAAAGGGAACUCCCAUUUUUCCUCCGUUCUUCUCCCAUUCCCGCGCCUCAAGUCACGUGGAAGAAUGUUGUUGCUUGCGUCUCAUUACUAUGUCUCGAUUUUAGCUUCCCUGUUUUCAAGGGACUCGAGGGUUUUCAAGUUCUACCUCGUGGUGCCCUUGACUGCGUUGUUGUUGGUAUUGGAUAAUUUAUAUCUGCUUAAUGAUCGGUUAAAUUGCACGAAACUGGGUGAUAUUAUGACUUUAACGGAAAGAAAGUCUUCCUGUCACGAUGUCUUUACCAUUUUGGGGUGUCUGGCAACUGUAAUCGUACGUUACAUGCACCUGGAGCUACUCUGCCCGCUUUACUAUUAGGGGUAUCCUCGUUAAGAGGUUCCAAAUAGCACCUAGGGAUGAAAGAGCACUGUAUAUUCAUGUUCUUUUUUAUUUCAUUUUAUUUUAUAAAUAUGUCUAUAAAACUUUUCACUACGCAAGCAAGAAAACUCACGCCCAGGUCAAAGAUAUUCCAACCUGUGGCAUGUGAGCACAAAAGUGAAAUUUAUUUAAAUAAGAAUUCCAACAAUUCAAUAACAUUUGCGUUACGAUCAUUGUUUUGCCUGCAAUCUAGUCAGGAUAUUUAAUGUGUCAAAGUACACUUGUGCAGUACAAUUCCAAUCUACAAUCUAGUUGCCACCAUCGGUGCAGGACAGUCAGUAUUCAACCAACGAUUAACCAUUACGGCAUUGAUCCACGUGACCUCUCUCCGUCCCUCCCCUCCCCUCUCCUCUUCUCUCCUCCCCUCCCCUCCCCUCCCCUCCCCUCCCCUCCUUCCCUUCACUUUCUCCCCUCCUUGCCUCCCUUUCACUUCCUCAUCAUCUUUUAGACUCGUAGCUGUCAUCUCAGUAUGCGCGAGCGAUCUGAAGGCUGGUGCCGAACACUUGAAACUGCGGACCAACACUCACCAUCUCUGUUUCUCUCACACUCUCUUCUGACACACCGACCGCACCUCAUGACUGACUGACUGACUGGCUGUUGAGGCCCUAGUGUAAAGUUGCUAGCCAGGCGGAGACGGUUGAACGUGGAAGAUGAACUGGUGGUUGCUUUACCGUGUACAUAGAAAACAAAGUGUGGGAUAUGCCCUGUACAUAUAUACGAGUUGGAAGUAAGGUUCGGGUGAGCUAUUUAUUGCCAUAGUGUCUAGUCUCCAAUAGCGAUAUUUGUUUACCCAGUUCUUUUGCAUCGACUAUCGCCAACAGACCAUCACAUCAUUGUGUCCGUGUUGCCAUCCUGUACCUUGACACAGUUAGUCUUAAAUGUAGCACAGUUAACGGAAGCCUUUGUGCUGUUUUCAGAAACGGUGCAAUAAGCAUAUUUUGUGAAUGAGACAGCACUGGCGGUGUCUGUUUCAUAGGCGCUAACUGUGACCGUAACAGCGAACGUAAAAGGAGGCGGUUCAGUUGCUGAAAAUAUACAAUUUUGCGUUUUGUCCCAUCCUCGGGUGUCUGCGUGCCCGAGGUACUGCAGCGAGAGAGAGAGAGAGAGCUCUUUCAGAAAACACGUCAUGUUAGCCAAUCACUUUAUUAAGGAUAUGGUGAUGCUUAACGUGCGAUUUCUGCGUUCAUUAAAAUAUGAACAAAAUGACGUAUAAGUGACACCUUCCCAACCUAUUUUGCAAGUCGGUUGUCGACACCUGAAAUAUCUGCAUGUAAAAAAAAAAGGAAGAAGAAAUGCGUUUGUAGAGUUCGCAGUUGGACGUUGUGCACUUUGCACAUUGUGCGUUUUGUGUGAAGAUUCAUAUGUUUUGUGUCCAAAUUUCUGGUGGCAGUUUUUUGCACAUCAUUUGGUGUGUUGCAGUUUCGUAUUUUUUUUUUUUUUACACGCGUACAGCUACCGUCAGACUUAACUAGAACGCGCCAGCGCGCGGCCCUGGAUGAACGGUUAUGAACGUCGAGAAACGUUGGUGAGCGUGAAUGCCCUACCCUGAACGGUUGCAGGUGAGACGACCUGGAAAUCGACCAUUGAAAAGCACUAAUUGUGAGGCGAGGGACGCGCGCAGGUAGCCAGUCUCACAUCCGACAGCAACGCCACGCGGUUGGACGUUCCAGUUAAGUCUGACGGCGACUGUUGCUUGUUUGAACAGACCAUUGGAUUGCAAGAAAGGGAUUCGGGUUUCAUACAUACGAGCGUGAGCAUAUCUCUCAGUGUAAGUAGGCAACAAGUGUGUGUCUUUUAUACCACCGUCAGGUACUACACCUGUCUCCGCCUCUGUUUCGUUAUGAAGUACCCGUGCCUGACAUACGCAGGCAAAAUGUGUACCGCUUUGGCGUACCUACCUUGUGCCAAUUUGCUAGACGAGUUGCACGCAAGUAGUGACUAAUCCUUGAAAUGUAUAGGCUACAUCCGUAUUCAUUACACUUACUGCUGUGGAAGGGGCGCAUUGUUACGUUGACGUUAUCUAUUAAUUGUUGAGUGCUCGUCUUGUUUCGAUUAAUCUCGCCCGUGUUUCAUGGAAUCGGACACCAAUCUUACAGGGACCAAGAGCAAUUGGUGUUUGAAAACGACUGACGACAUAUGUUGCUAUUCGCAGGUUAUGUUGCUGUAUAAUGGGAAUCUUCUGUGGGUAUCCUUCCGGUGGUCUUCGGUAUAUUGAUGUUUUAUUCUUGUCCUGUGUCAUGUUACCAAUCUACGGCUCGGUUCGGGUUUCGAAAAAGUACUUUGCGCCCUGUGCCACAAAACUCGGCAAGGCUGUAGCAUAUGCCUUGCUUGUUUUGACUCAGCUGUGACGCUGAAAAAAAAAAGAACGUACGCAUAGAAAAAUAACAAAAGCAGCCUCCUUUCUGCGUUAAAAAAAUUACCGGCUACUUGGGAACAAAAACUUUAUUUCACUAUCUUCUCCAUGGUAAAAGUAUAGCUGUUCCACUGUUUUUGACCGUAGUAUAAUAAAUUCUGUUCGUACAUAACAAAACUCAGAUAAAGUCUCCGUUGAAUGAUUUAAGUCGUGAAGAAACGCUGAUAUUUUAACUUAUCCGCUCCUUGACAUAGAUGUGAAUUUGUUGGGACAUUUUCUACUAGCACCCUGUUAUAGCGAUAUUUUUGAGUUGCGCCUUGAAGACAUCUGCAUCUGUAUGACGAUGACGUUAUAUCCGGAGUAUGGUCGCCUUCCUGCAUUCGCAAUAACACGAAAUGGUGCUCUCUGUCGCGUGUUUUUCGCCAUGUGCACGUCUCUACUCAUGCGAGAUAUGUCCUCUUCGUUGCUUUUCACUUCAGAUGCUCACUUGUGAUAAAACGUUGAAGAACCUUGCUGCGUGUGUUGAUAUGCGCAUCAAAUUAUUUACCCCCUCAGUGUUUCCUUAUACUGUUUGUCGUAGUCUAUUAAAACAUUCCAGAUGCAUUGUUGGUUGUUAUGCGAUUAAAUGCAAAAUCGUCCUUGUUACCGUUUUCUUUUUGAUGGCAUGCGGUGAUAUGUAUAAACAUAUAUCGAUUGAUGAUGAUCAAUAGCAAUCUGCUGAUAUUGUCUUUUCAUUGCUCUUCUUUGGUGUAUGUGGUCCAAAGGAAGUGUAAAUUACUUUUUUUUUAAAUACGAUGGCGUUGAUAUCGCUGUAUCAAGAGGAGUAAAUUUAAUUGAAACAACAUUUGA